GGAUAGAAUUUCACUCAAUCGUAGACUCGAUCCAAUUUCUGCCGCAAUGACGCUUGCAGAGGGAGAGAACAGGUCUAUCUCUGAGGUCUUUGAUGGCCUCAAGGACUUUAAGAGCCUCACCAGAGAAAGGGCCCUGGAAGCCUUGAUUCAGGCCAUGGCUCUUGGCCACUACGAUGCUGAGGAGGUGCAGAAGCUGGCCAUCGAGACGAUGAAGUCGGAGUCCUGGGAGGCCAAGCAGGGAGGUCUUCAAGCUGCAGCCGAGGCAAUCAAGGCUUGGGAUAUGCCCAGCUUUCGCGCCCAAGUCUUGGAAAACGUGCCACGCCUUUUGAUCGAUCCCGAAUACCGAGUCCGCAAGGCGGUGGCAGCGGUCUUGCGUGAGUGCUGCCAGCGUGAUGGCUUGAGGAUCUACGACCAGAUCGGUCAAAUCGUGCUCGAUGACAUCAGGGACAAGUUCAAGCGACCAGACGAGGACGAGGAUGGAGAGAAGGGCACGAAGCCCAGUGACGUCUCAACUUCGGGCUACCCACCCGAAGGUUCGACACCACAGACACCGCCAGCGCCACCCGUGUUUCUACAUGACACAGAAGGGUGGCGAUCUCUGGAGACUUCGAUGGGAGCCCUGGAGGCCAUGAUGCAGGGAUGUGGUGCGGCCUUUACUCCACGCAUUGAUGAGUCAAUGCUGAAGAUGAUGCAGGAGUGCUCCAAGCAUACGAACCGCUUUGUGCGGGAAUACACCUAUUUUGCACUGAAGAAUGUCUACGAUGUUUGCAGCCAUGAUGCUUUCAUGGUCUUGGUGGCACCAAAGACAGUUGAUGUCCUUGCAAACGGCAUCAAGGAUAACUGGAGUCAGGUGCGAUAUGCCGCAUCCGUGGCGGCCAGGGCCUUCAAUGACAAGGCAGGUGAGCAGAAGGAGGUCUUCUACCCACAGCUCUUGGGUUUGAUGUGCCUAAAUCGUCACUAUGUCGCUGAAGGUGUCCGGCUCUUCUCCCAGGAGACCUGGCGCCAAGUGUGUGGCCCAGCCGGAGGUGCCCGGUUGUUGGUGGCCCACUUUGAUCGUGUCUUGGAUGCCUAUGUCGAUGCGGCACAUGCGCCCAACCAUGCGGUGCGUGAGGCCGCCAGCAACUGCAUCUCCGAGUUGGCUGCCCGGGUGGCAGGCACCCCGGCUUCGCCCACACCCUUCCGAGAGCAAUUCACAUCUGCACGGGUGCAGCGAAUGCUCAAUGCUUUGCUAGAUGCCUUCAGGGAUGAGUCCUGGCCAGUGAGAGAUGUUGCUAGCACUGCCUUGGGACAUUUUGUACAAGCAUUUCCAGAAGAAUGCAAAGACAUCAAGCCCCAGCUCUUGGAGCUCUGGUUUGACCAGAUGGCCGACAACAUUCCAUCACUCCGGCGCAACGGUGCUGCUGCCCUGGCCACGGCCAUGAAGGUUUGGCCAGAUCUUUGGCCUGAGGUGCUUUCACGCUUGCAGAAGACCUUGCCCGAGAUGCUGAUGCAGCCAGAACACUCUGAGAUCUUCACGGACUACACACCCAGCGGGCCCUUUUCCGUGCCCAAAUCCAAGCCUACAGCGGUGGGGGAGAAGUCGGAUCCUUCCUUUACGGAUCAAGUGAUGUACAGUUGUGGUUCUUCGGCACCAAAGACCUUCAAGCAGAAGAGGGCGAAAGAUACGUCCGGUUGCAUGAACUGUGCCACUGACAUGCCACACCAACUCUGGGAGGCCUCGGAGGGCAUGAUUCAUCUCCUCACUGAGCUGGCCCAGCUCACAGAGGACGCGGAUGAGGAGCUCUCGCAGAGAAGGACGGAGCUCUCAGGGCUUUUGCCCAUGUUGGCGCAGGCUUAUGCUUGUUCACAGUAUAGGCAUCACCACUUGCUGAAGCAAAGAGCAUGCGAGCGCUUGCCCGAGCUCUCCAAGGCCAUGGGAAAGGAGCUCGUGCCACACUUGCCAGAGCUGCUGAAAACCACGGCCACAUGUGCAGGACAGGCGGCGCAUGGUGCAUUGAAGGAAGAAGCCAAGCAGGUGCUCCAGUGCUGGAAAGACAUGUACCCUGAGGACUUUGAGACUGCCUGUGGCACCGCAAAGAUUGACCCCAAGGUCUUGAAGAUCAAGUGACAUGAUUGCGCCGAACUAGGCGCAGGUGCCCAGAACAUUCUUUUCCUCACAACGUUAGAGCAGGUGUUGUUUCAGCCAAUUCCUGUUGUAGCCCUUUCUAAGUCUACAACAGGCCUUUCGCAAGAAGGGACUCAAGAGGAAAGCCGCAUCAUCAUGACUUGAUGUGUGCAGGGAUCCUCAGAAAGAGGGUAGCACAAUGUGCAGUUCAUUGGUGUCAGCAGUUUCAGCUCGUGGUACAGUACAGCCUCACUGGGCUGAGCAAGCGAAGGAGCAACAA